AACCAUCACAUCGAUGACAAAACUGAAAAAAAUAUAUAUUUUUGUACUUAAUUAAUAAAGAUUUUAAUAAAAUGCACUUAAAUGGACACUGCAAACAUCUGCGACUUGUCUUGGUUCGGUUUAUGCGCUUGAGCUAAGCUAAUGAUAAGAAAAUGCCUCCUCGCCGAAGCAGGACUCCCCGUAGAUUGCUUUCUUUGAGCGAAAAAAGUGAAGUUAUCCAGGUGCAGGAGAAGGAGAAACUGUCCGUUCGAGAUCUGGCCAGGAGAUUUAAUAUAGGAAAAACCCAAGCAGCUGAAAUUUUGAAAAACAAAGGUCAAAUCGAUGCUAAACUAAAAUCAGGAGUCAAUGGCCAUCUAAAGAAGAACUGUCUGAGUCAGCAGGGCUCCCACAUCGAUGAGUUGUGCUUCAGCUGGUUCAACACGGCCAGGAGCGAAAACAUUCGAUUGUCUGGCCAGGGGGUAAGGACAAAGGCACGAGAAAUAGCCCAGCAUUUGGGAUACGCUGGCUUCUCCGCCUCGGACGGUUGGCUGCAGAAGUGGCGCAAGCGACACAACAUAAUUUUCAACUCCACCCGCGAAACACUGGACGUCCAGCAGUUUGAGUGCAUCCUGGUCAAAAGCGAGCCGCUAAUGAGUAAUGAUGAGGAUAGUUUGAUGUGCAGUGCUCAUGCUGGAGAGGAGCCAACUGUCUUCAUGCACAAUCCGAUAACAUCCUUUGACGAGGCAAUGAUGCAGCUUGCUCGCUUGAAGGAGUUUGCCAAAGACGAUUAUAUAUCACAUCAACAGCUAAGCAGCCUGGAGAACCAGUGGACUUGGAAGAGGAACAACCUGAAAAUGGAGCACCUCCCUUAACCAAAACAAACUGAUUUCUGUUACCAUUAGUAUUCAUGCAUCUCUGCGAUUGCCUAAGUUAUCGUACUAAUUUAUUUCAUUUAAUUUACGUUACUUUUGUUUAAACCGAACUGACUCGAAAGUGAUUAUGUUACAUUUGUAAAUACACGUAAACUUCUUUCAAACAAUCUGUCU